AUGCCACCGCGUCCACGGCGCCGCGUCGCGCCCAUCCCAACCCACACCAUGACUACGCGCGCUCAGGCCGGCAAGUUCCUUCCCAACCCCAAGUAUGCCGACAACCUUACUGCCACUGUCGCCGACACUACCAUCUCACCCAUACCCCGAUCGGUGCGUUCUGCUUUGCAAGAUCCAUGUUGGCUGUCUGCUAUGCAGGUGGAGUACAGGGCGCUGAUGGAGAAUGCAACCUGGCGGCUCGUGCCACGACCGCCCGGCGUCAAUGUCGUCACCGGCAAAUGGCUCUUUCGCCAUAAGUUCAAGGCGGACGGGUCGCUCGAACGGUACAAAGCACGCUGGGUACUGCGCGGGUUCUCUCAACGACCUGGCGUGGACUUCGACGAGACGUUCUCUCCCGUCGUCAAGGCCGCCACGAUCCGCGUCGUCCUCACCAUUGCUGCCACGCGCAACUGA